GUGACACAUGCUUCACCUGCCGCUGGGCUUUGCUGCAAUCCGCUUCUUCCAUCGAUCGAUCAGCGCCAGUCGAACAGGAUCAACAUCGCUGCUGUUUCCAGCUGUUGCUUGAAGCAGUGACUGCUCCAUGUUCGCUGGGCUUGGUGGGCAAGCUUCCUGGAUGGUUGUCAACGCCAGACCCGGCUUCUGUUCGCUGGUAUUCUUCCGCAGCUCAGAGGCUAUCUGGGACUCGAUCUUGUCGUCGAUCGUCCGGAUCUGCGAGAGAAUGGCCACGACCGACUCAAGGAGCCCUUCCAGUCUCGGCUCUGCGUCGACGGCGAGCCGGCACUUCACGCUAGACACGGCCUCGAGUAUCCUCACAUUCCCGACAGGCCUGUCGGCAUCCUGGCAAAUAGUACCUGCGUCGGCUGUGAUCCGGAACGACUCUUGGGUCGUUGCGCUGAACUCGUCGACAAAUGCGACCCCUCUGCCAAUGCUUCGGGAUGCCGACUUGAGAGGCUCUUUCCGCAAAGCGCUCUUUUUUUCCAGCUCGCUGGGCUUCACCGUUCCAAAGUCCCAGCUUCCCUGGGCUGUGGCAGCCACGGUCUCCUUCCUUGAUGCAUCCAAACCAUGACUCUGAUGUUAG